GGAGAAGAAGAAAAGGGCAACAAGCGGAAGAAACGCCGUAUUUGGUUUCGGAUAGUAUUCGGUUUAUGGUCCUGGGUUUUUUUUUUUUUUUUUUUUUUUAAACAGAUUUCGAAUAAUGUCGACCCCGGCAAGGAGACGGCUUAUGAGGGAUUUUAAAAGACUUCAAGAAGAUCCUCCCACCGGUGUGAGCGGAGCACCAUCAGAGAACAACAUCAUGCUUUGGAACGCUGUUAUUUUUGGGCCUGUGGGAACACCAUUUGAAGAUGGAACGUUUAAGCUUCUGAUAGAGUUUUCAGAGGAGUACCCAAACAAGCCUCCCACAGUUCGGUUUGUGUCCAGAAUGUUUCACCCAAAUGUUUAUGCAGAUGGCAGUAUAUGUUUAGACAUCCUUCAGAAUCGCUGGAGCCCCACAUAUGAUGUGUCGUCCAUACUCACUUCCAUCCAGUCGUUGCUGGAUGAGCCAAACCCCAACAGUCCGGCCAACAGCCAGGCCGCACAGCUCUAUCAGGAAAACAAGAGGGAGUACGAGAAGAGGGUGACGGCCAUCGUGGAGCAGAGCUGGGUGGACGUCUGAGCUUCUCUCACUCUCUACUCCUUCCUCUCCAUCAACCUCUCUUCAUUAUCCCAGUACUUCAGUCACUCAUUUUUUACCUCAUCAAGAAACAGAAAAAGAACAGCAACUAUAUCAGAAGAACUCAAGUGCCAGCCUGAAAAAAGAGAAAAAAAAAAAGGAAGAAUAAAAAAACUACCAGAGAACAACCAAACCAGAACGGACAUUAACUUGCUAGCCAAUACAUUUGAGGAAAACGAGGGAGGGAAAUCAAUAUCAAUCUUAUAUUUGUGUCUUGUCCUUAAUUUUACUUUUUAUUUUAUUUUUUUUAUUGCAUGAUGUGAAAUAAGUUAUUGCUAACAGAAUUUGUAAUAUAUCUUUGUUGUUUGAUGGAUUUGGUUGGACUGUUAGUGUUUGAGUUUUACAGAUUUUUUUUUUUUUUCCUUUUUCCCUUUGGAAACUUUCCUUUUUUUUUUUUUUUUUUUUUUUUUUUUAGAGGUCUGCUUGUGUCCACAACUUGGCUGUUUUGGAAAGAGCAGGUUGACGACCGAAUCAGCGUAUUUUGAAAGUCAUGGAAGAACCCAGAAAAUGCCUUUUUCAGAGUUGGUAUCAUCGUUAUUCUUCAAGUUAGCCACAGAUGCAGCUGAUAAGGAACAAUAUCUGAUCUGUUCCAGCAUAUGUCUGUUAUUUUAAGACACUGUAGGUUUGGGCUCACAGACGUCACAGGCUGCAACAGCGCCAAGUCUCCCUUGCACUGAUGAAUCAUGACUCCUGGGCUCGCCAGCGCUGAGGUUUUAUUUUAAUAAUUUCUCCUCCAAGUUAGAAGAUGAUAGAUGUAAGAGAGGGAGUGUUAUGAGAAAGUAAAUGGUAACACUAGGGCGCGACAGGAGUAGCUUGGACUGCGGAUCCCAUAGUGGAGAUCAGGGUUGGCUGAACUAAGGAAAUACUGUGUUCAUUUCAAUCAACAUUUAAUUUUCCUUAAGUCAGCUAAUUGAGUCAGUCUUACACCAUUCUUUUAGUUUUCAAAAUGUAUGUAGAGCAUAGGAGCCUGUGAGCUAAGGAAUUCAGCAGUUCUUGUAUUUAUCAUUAUGGUUCAGUCACAGCAAGUUUGAAAAAAAUAAAACGUAACAUCUUGGAUGUACUUCUACAUCCUGUUCUUCUCUAUUCUAUUCCGCUUAUUUUCUAUAAUGCACCUUUAAUUAGUUAUCAUCGUUCACAAUCUAAGAUACUGGACUGCAUUUGAAAACGAGAGUUGAACUGUUCUCCGCUCCCUCCCGACAGCUCAUCUUUCUAAUUUCACUCGCCACACAAAGUAGAUGACUUUCGCAGGAUUUGUUGCCAGUAAUGCGUGUCCACCUGAAUGAAGUGUCGGUGCUUUUGAUCCUUCUCUUAAAUUGACACAGCGGACAUAUAAAUUAGGGGAAGAAAAAGAAAGCAGAGGAUAAAAGCAGUUCUAUUCAGUGCAUAUACGUUUUUUGCUCUAAAUAAGAGCAGAUCAUUAGAGGAUUGACUGUUUCACUAGUGUGACAUGAACUGCCCCCCCCACUAAAGUUGUUUUCAUUUCUGCAUUUGUCUCCUGUUUUAUUUGUAUGCAAUACCCAAUUAAAAGACCGCUUGAGUAUAAAUUGGUGACUUAACCCUGCCCAGCUCCAGCUGAAUAAUGAAUGGAAGACAGUCAUCAUAAAACAGAGUUCCUCUUUUCUGAAACCGUAAAGGUCAUAUUGUGGUUAGUGACUUAUUUCACCUAAAAAGCAGAGGGGAUAUGUUAUAAAAUUUUGUGAUUUAAACAAAAAUAAUGUAUACUUAUAACAAUAUGCUGUAUAAACAUAAUAAAACACAUUUUUCAGACUUUGA